AUGCCGUCCACACUAGUAGGAGCAGAAAAAAUUGACGUGGCAGUGCCGUCCACACCAGGACGAGCAGAGGAAAACUUGAGUAGCGUCGCAGUGCUGUCCACACUAGGAGGAGUAAAGGAAAACUUGAGUAGCGUCGCAGUGCUGUCCACACCAGAAGGAGCAGAGGAAAACUUGUGUAGCGUCGCAGUGCUGUCCACACUAGGAGGAGCAGAAGAAAACUUGAGUAGGUUCGCAGAGCCGUCCACACCAGGAGGAGCAGAGGGAAACUUGAGUAGCGUGGCAGUGCCGUCCACACUAGGAGGAGCAGAGGAAAACGUGAGUAGCGUCGCAGUGCCGUCCACACCAAGACGAGCAGAGGAAAACUUGAGUAGCUUGGCAGUGCCGUCUACACCAGGACGAGCAGAGGAAAACUUGAGUAGCGUCUCAGUGCCGUCCACACCAGGACGUGCAGAGGGAAACUUGAGUAGCGUGGCAGUGCCGUCCACACCAGUACGAGCAGAGGAAAACUUGAGUAGAGUCGCAGUGCCGUCCACACUAGGAGGAGUAGAGGAAAACUUGAGUAGCGUCGCAGUGCUGUCCACACCAGAAGAAGCAAAGGAAAACUUGAGUAGCGUCGCAGUGACGUCCACACUAGGAGGAGCAGAGGGAAACUUGAGUAGCGUGGCAGUGCCGUCCACACCAAGACGAGCAGAGGAAAACUUGAGUAGCGUCCAAGUGCCGUCCACACUAGGAGGAACAGAGGAAAACUUCAGUAGUUUGGCAGUGCUGUCCACACUAGGAGGAGCAGAGGAAAACUUAAUGCCGUCCACACUAGGAGGAGUAAAGGAAAACUUGAGUAGCGUCGCAGUGCUGUUCACACCAGAAAGAGCAGAGGAAAACUUGUGUAGCGUCGCAGUGCUGUCCACACUAGGAGGAGCAGAGGAAAACUUGAGUAGCGUGGCAGUGCCGUCCACACUAGGAGGAGCAGAGGGAAACUUGAGUAGCGUGGCAGUGCCGUCCACACUAGGAGGAGCAGAGGAAAACUUGAGUAGCGUCGUAUUGCCGUCCACACCAGGACGUGCAGAGGGAAACCGUCGCAGUGCUGUCCACACCAGAAGGAGCAAAGGAAAAUUUAGUAGCGUCGCAGUGCAGUCCACACUAGGAGGAGCAGAGGGAAACUUGAGUAGCGUGGCAGUGCCGUCCACACCAAGACGAGCAGAGGAAAACGUGAGUAGCGUCGCAGUGCCGUCCACACUAGGAGGAACAGAGGAAAACUUCAGUAGGUUGGCAGUGCUGUCCACACUAGGAGGAGCAGAGGAAAACUUGAGUAGCGUCGUAGUGUCGUCCACACUAGGAAGAGCAGAGGAAAACUUGAAUAGCUUUGCAGUGCCAUCCACACUAGGAGGAGUAGAGGAAAACUUGAGUAGCGUCGCAGUGCCGUCCAGACUAGGAGGAACAGAGGAAAACUUCAGUAGCUUGGCAGUGCCGUCCACACUAGGAGGUGCAGAGGAAAACUUGAGUAGCGUCGCAGUGCCGUCCACACCAAGACGAGCAGAGGAAAACUUGAGUAGCUUGGCAGUGCCGUCUACACCAGGACGAGCAGAGGAAAACUUGAGUAGCGUCUCAGUGCCGUUCACACCAAGACGAGCAGAGGAAAACUUGAGUAGCGUCGCAGUGCCGUCCACACCAGGACGAGCAGAGGAAAACUUGAGUAGCUUGGCAGUGCCGUUCACACUAGUAGGAGCAGAGGAAAACUUGAGUAGCGUCGUAGUGCCGUCUACACCAAGACGAGCAGAGGAAAACUUGAGUAGCUUGGCAGUGCCGUUCACACUAGUAGGAGCAGAGGAAAACUUGAGUAGCGUUGCAGUGCCGUCCACUCCAAGACGAGCAGAGGAUAACUUGAGUAGCGUUGCAGUGCCGUCCACUCCAAGACGAGCAGAGGAGAACUUGAGUAGCGUCGCAGUGCCGUCCACACCAGAAGGAGCAGAGGAAUACUUGAGUAGCUUCGCAGUGCCGUCAACACUAGGAGGAGCAGAGGAAAACUUGAGUAGCGUCGCAGUGCCGUCCACACCAAGACGAGCAGAGGAAAACUUGAGUAGCGUCUCAGUGCCGUCCACACUAGGAGGAGCAGAGGAAAACUUCAGUAACUUGGCAGUGCCGUCCACACUAGGAGGUGCAGAGGAAAACUUGAGUAGCGUCGCAGUGCCGUCCACACCAAGACGAGCAGAGGAAAACUUGAGUAGCUUGGCAGUGCCGUCUACACCAGGACGAGCAAAGGAAAACUUGAGUAGCGUCUCAGUGCCGUCCACACUAGGAGGAGCAGAGGAAAACUUCAUUAACUUGGCAGUGCCGUCCACACUAGGAGAUGCAGAGGAAAACUUGAGUAGCGUCGCAGUGCCGUCCACACCAAGACGAGCAGAGGAAAACUUGAGUAGCUUGGCAGUGCCGUCUACACCAGGACGAGCAAAGGAAAACUUGAGUAGCGUCUCAGUGCCGUUCACACCAAGACGAGCAGAGGAAAACUUGAGUAGCGUCGCAAUGCCGUCCACACCAGGACGAGCAGAGGAAAACUUGAGUAGCGUCUCAGUGCCGUCCACACUAGGAGGAGCAGAGGAAAACUUGAGUAGCGUCGCAGUGCUGUCCACACCAGAAGGAGUAGAGGAAAAAUUGAGUAGCGUCGCAGUGCCGUCCACACCAAGACGAGCAGAGGAAAACUUGAGUAGCUUGGCAGUGCCGUCUACACCAGGACGAGCAAAGGAAAACUUGAGUAGCGUCUCAGUGCCGUUCACACCAAAACGAGCAGAGGAAAACUUGAGUAGCGUCGCAGUGCCGUCCACACCAGGACGAGCAGAGGAAAACUUGAGUAGCUUGGCAGUGCCGUUCUUACUAGUAGGAGCAGAGGAAAACUUGAGUAGCGUUGCAGUGCCGUCCACUCCAAGACGAGCAGAGGAUAACUUGAGUAGCUUCGAAGUACCGUCCUCACUAGGAGGAGCAGAGGAAAACUUGAGUAGCGUCGCAGUGCCGUCCACACCAAGACGAGCAGAGGAAAAUUUGAGUAUCGUUGCAGUGCUGUCGACACUAGGAGGAGCAGAUAUGGAUUUGAGUUGCGUGGCAGUGGCUUACUGA